AUGUGGGACAUGCUGAGGAAGGAAAUUCAUGUCCUGGAUCCAUUGUGUGCACAAGUUGCUGGAGCUGAGCAACGUCAUAUGACCCAUCAGGAGGCUGUUUCACAGAUUCACACAGCAUUAUUCAGUUGUCUUAAUGAGUUCUUCACGAAAUGGCGUUGUUCAGCUGAGAAGUGGAAGCGCAAGUUCCCCAGAAUAACACAUGAUGUUUUCACAAGGUAG